GAUAGUGGAUAGUGGAGAGUGGAGAGUGGAGAGAGCGCGCCGAGGCUGCGCCAACUCCGAUCCGAGUUUUCGGUGCCGUCGCCAGUGGCGGAGCCAGUUUCUCGCGUAGCAUCGGCGAGCCGGCGGCGUCGAGGCUGGUCGAGGCGCCCCUUCAGUAUGAAGCCGACGACCGUGCCAGUUGCAGCUGCUGCACCUGUCGUCCCGUCUACCGCGACAACCGAGCUCGCCGGACGCUCCUGCGUCCGGAUCCUUCGCGCGCGACACCGAUACCCCACGGAUACCGUGUUCGCAGCUCCGAUUUCGUUCGCCGUGGACAAAUGAGAAGCCCCCGGAGACGCGAGAAGACGCAAGGAGACGCACAGAGACGCGAGGAGAGCCACGGAAGGGUGCGAGAACGUCGCCGGCCAGCUACCCGGCCACCUUCCGGAUAGAACCGACGGAUCGCGCGGUGGAAUAUACGAGGGGACCGAUACCGGACCGAUCCGGGAACCGAUUCGGGAGAGGAGACGCGCGAGGAUCGGGAGAGAGAGAGGAUCGUCGUCGAUCUUGCGAAACCCGUUCUCUGGCUCCCUCUCACCCCCUAUGUACUCUCGUCCGUCUCUCUCGCGGCCGGUUCUUCCUGGACGCGAUCGGUGAUCGGCUUGUGUUCCUCCAGUGUUUCUUAUUUCCUUACCCACGCUGGCUAAGGUUGCUGCUGCUGCUUCUUCUUCUUCUUUCUCCUCCUCUUUCUCCUCUUCUACUUCGUCGUUGUAGUUUGCUGCCCCCCUCCCCCCUCAAUCUCUCUCUCUCUCUCCCUCGCUCUCUUCCUUCUUGUCCCGCUUCUUCCUGGCCGUCGUCCGCGUCGCGAGGAGAUCGUCGUCUCGUUGGCCGAAGAAACUGUGAUACGCGGUGAAGAAAGAGGAGACGCGUGCGGGACUCUGUAUAAAAGUGAAAACUCGUUCCUCCGGUGACGUGGUUGUUCGGGUGCUCCUCCUACUUGCUCGAACCACGGACCCUCGCACGCACACUAUUUUACUGGAUAUUUCGGACUACCUGGAAUUUGUGCCGGCUCACGGACGAUCGUCGAACGGCCGCAGCCUGGACCUCGAUCCGGACCUGAACCCUCAUCGGUGGCCAGAACCAGUGAUGCCACCGCCGUCGAGCCGUCGGAAUCGUUAGCAGCGGGCCGAAAAAAAUGGCCUCGAUCUUGGGAGACGGAACGGGCCCCGGGGGAUCGGGGCCCUCCCGAUGCCUCUUGCUCUUACAAAGGUCCCUGGCGAUUCAGCUGACCAGGGGCCCGCCUCCUCAGGUUCUGAACGCUGGACAACGCGAGAGCCCCAAGGAGCAUCCGGCCGACGAGAUGUGGAUGUACGAUAAAGGUUACAAUUUGUUUCAGAGCUUCUUGGAGGCAAACUCGAAAUGCUGGUGGAACGCGGCUCUGGUGGACGCAACCCGGCAACUCAGGUACAAGGGUCACGUGUCACCCGGCGUCCUGUUGGUCGGAGGACCACCCUGUGCCCUCGAGGUCUUGAGGGCAGCCUGGGCUCGGAACGUCCUGCGACCGCCGGCCGAUCACGCGAUCACCUGUCUCGGGGACAUCGAGGACUGCCUGGUCGCCCCGGUCGCCCAGGGACAGUUCACGCCUCUGCCGGAAGCCCUUUGUUGGGCGAUCCUGGAGCUGACGUCGCAGAGGCAGGCGGCGACCUUGGACACGCUACGAUCCGCUCUGAGGAACGCUUUCCCGGCGAUGCAGAGACCGAACCGCGAGCUGGUCUACGACGCCCUCGCGAAGCUGAUGCAGGAACGGAAGAUUUAUCAUACGUCCCAGGGCUAUUUCGUCGUUACGCCGGAGACCAGGAGACUGAGACGCGACUCGAGCAACUCCAGGCGAUGCUCCAGGGAAGUGAGCGGGUCCAGGGGUCAGGGCAGCAUGCUGAUGACCAACGACGAGGCCAUGGCGCUCGUGCACGGCGAGAUGCUGACCCUGAGGGACGGUGAUGUCACGCAUCAAGCCGUGCAGACCAAUCUGGCGGACGUGAUUUGCGGAGGUAACCCGAACGACAAGGUCCUGUUCGCUAGGUGUCGGUCGAUGCCUGGACGCCUCGAGAGGCGACACUCUCUGCGGCUGUGGGGCUCCGCCAGGCGUCUGCACAGAAGCGGAAGUUCGCGGUCUUUGCCGCGAAGGCCGGAAAGAAGCGACACUUCGUCGAGCGCGGAAUACGCGAGCACCGACAGCGCGCCGCACAGCCCAACCAGUUUCUCCGGGAUUUUUUCAGAGAAAAUAGGUCUGCUCUCCAGGCUGUUUCGGCGCAGCACGCGGAGGAAGGGUGCGCCGUUGAUGGGCACGUUCAGCGCUCAGUAUCCUCCUACCGAGUGGUUCAACCCGCGCGUCGUUCACCUGCACAGCGUGGCCACGCAAACGAGAGCCGCCAGCCCUUCGAUGAUGGAGGGUCUGGACCAGUCGCAGGCCAGCUUUCAAGUUUGGGACGACUCGAGUUCCGUGCGAUCCGCCACUUUGCCCAGGCGACAUCGACGCCAAGCCAGCGGCGACUCUUCCAGCUUGUUGGCGAACUCGACCCCCAGAAGUUCCAGACGACAUCGAUCCCCUUGCUCCACUCUGCCCAGGUCCAAGUGCUCGAGCCUGAGCAGAUGCACGUCCAGAGCGUCCGUGCUCCCGCCGACCGGCAGCCAGGAGCAGUCCUACCAAGCUCGCAAUCAAACGCAGAACGGAAAGAACUCGGCGAACUCGUCGCCCAGCAGAAGCGGCGGAAGUUCUGGCUCCGUGCGAACCGCGAACGUCAGUCCCGCGAAAACGGCCACCCUCGGCCGAUCCGGGACGAGACAAUCCAACUCUCGACGACCCAGCCACGACUCGACCGGCAGCGGUACCAAAUCGAACGGAUCGCCUCAGCACAAGGUUUUGCAGAAGACGUCGUCCGGCCAUUCGUCGCACUCCAGUGGAAAAUCGAUUUCCAGCGGUAAACUCUCGUCGUCCCCGUUGAAAACGUCCGCGUUACCAGCGAAAUCUUCUCCGUUGAAGGUAGUCCAGCAAGGGUCGCUGACUCCCCUGCAGGAAGCGCAGAACUCGAUCACGCUGCAGGUGUCCACGAACCUGACUCCGGUGGUGAGCCCGUCGCAAGAGCAGCGCGCGAUACAGAACAGCGUGACGUUGGCGUCGAACGCGACCAGCACGACCACGAUCUCCGGAUCGCCGGGCACCAAGAUCUACGUGCAGCAGAACAACUCGCCGAUGAGGUCGGUGAUCACGUUCGAGAACGGCACGAUCAAAACGAAGCUGGCCGAUAACAGCAAGGAGGAGUGCAAGGAGAAGCAGGACCGGGAGCUGCUGGGCGAGAAGAUGUACAAGACCAGGAUAGAGGACGAGAAGCUGAACAAGUCGAGCAAACUGGAGCGGCCGUCCUCGUUGUACGCCUCCAAAGAAUCGAAGCCGAGCGCGCUGCCGCAGUCCGAGUCCGACAAGGAGAACAAGCCGAAACCCGACGAGGAACCGCCCAACAAGCUCAAGCUGACGAACCGUCUGAACAACAGCCAGGCCCACCUGAUCGACGGCUCGACGAACAACGUCGACAAGAACUCGCUGGCGAACGAGCACCCGACCGCCGCGCUGGCGAACGCCAAGAACACCAACGACGCCAUGAACAACUCGCGGAAGCUCAGUCUCUCGUUGUCCAAGGACGCGCUCAGCUACAGAAACCUGUUGCGCCCGGGCUCCAAGAACAACAUCGCCUCGAACCCGCCCUCGCCCACCAAGUCGUUCGACGGUUUCGGAGGCUCGUUCAACAACGUCUACAUCGAGAAUCUGGAGGCGACCAAGCAACAGAGAGCUCCGCAGGGCUCGGAACCGAACCUGGAGAAGACGGUCGGUCGAGGCGACCUGUACACCUACCCCAGCCUGAGCGACAUGCAGGUGCAAUUUACCAGCCUGGCGGCUCAGAAGAUCCUGAAGGGCUGCCCGAUCAACAGCGUGGACACCUUGGUCGAGGUGAACACGGCCGCGGCCGAGAAACCGAACAACUGCGACGUCACCGUGCACACCGAUUUCGGACUCGUUUAACGGUUCCAGCGUUUCUCGCGCGCGUCGCGUCGCGGUGAACGCGUUAAAUAGCAAACUCGGAGAACGACUGUUCCGCGCUUAAGCAUAUAGAGAAUCGGCAAGAAAGAGCGAGAGAAAGGGAGAUCGAGAGAGAGAGAGAGAGAGAGAGAGCACUGUAUUACAGUUACCAAUAAAGAGACGAUUCGACGCCCGUUUCCGCCCCGCAUCGCGAUCAUCCUCCCGGUCGGGCUUCCAUCGAUCACCGGAUCUAUAUGCUUACGCGGCCGAACGUUCGUUACUAUUUUAGAAAUAAAUGGCAGCCAUUCCACAGAAAGUAUUCGUUACGUAGCUUAUCUCUAGUUGUUUAAAGCAUAUCCAGGAAUCCGACGACGACACGUCCGAAACCAGAAACCACAGAACCCCCGGAACCCACGCCCCCGGUUCUUCCGUCGCCCGGUACGAUUCCGUUGCGUACAAGGUUCGAGCACGAUCGUCGUCGCGCUCUUCGCUCGUUUUCGCGGAUUCGAUCGGCGACUCCGAUCGCUUUCGAGAAUUUGCCGCGCUGCUAGGAACCUCGACGCAACGUUGAACCUAAUACCGAGGAACCGAGGGAGUUCUUCGAGAACUCGAGGAAUUGACGCAACGAGACAAUGAAACACUGCCCGAUGAUUACUACUACUACGGUGCCUCAUAGAUUACUCGGUAUACUUUAACACGGUACGCUGAACGCGUCCAACGUUCGUUGGAUCGUUGGAUCGUCGAGCCACGUGGGCAGAUACGUUUGUUCGUCGAUCCAGCGGAGCGGGCGUUAUCGUCGCGCGCGAAACCAGCGCGGAACCAACUGUGCAACGUUCGGACCAACAGUCCAAACAACUUCGAACGAUAGUCAGAACUUACGAUUAGUUAAUGUAGGAUACAGGCAGGCAAAUUAGCGUAACGCGAGAAAUCAAAAUCGAAUAAACCGUUCGGUUCGACGCUGACGCGAGAAACGACCCGAUCAGCGAUUCGAUGGAAACUGUACGCGAGGGAUCGGUCGAGAACAUCGUCGCUGUAUAAUUUGUAACGUCUGUACAAUUUUCCAAAAUUUCCACCCGAAUACCAGCGACCGAAUUGUAUCUCAGAAACUGAAUAAACCCGUACUAAAUAAACGACAUCGAACACAACGAAACACGCACUCGAGAAUUUAUUCCAAGCAAAGAGAUAUCGCUGUUUCAAAAUUCGCUCGUACGCGAGUAGCGCGAAGUCUAAAGUCACCGGAAGCGAUUCUCCCGACACGAUGCACCGAACGAGUCACAUAUCGUCCGCUGAUCAUUUUUCUUUUAAUUUAUUGUUAACAAAUUCUCUAUAAACGGGUACCGCAACGUCGUGAUGUUGCCAGUUUUGCAUCGCUUUACGUAGCUAAAGCGAUUCGCUAAAGCGACGCUUCACGCACGAUAGCCUGAAAAUUGCCUUAAUCGAACGCGAAGCGAGAAUAAACGAGAGAGGGAGAGAGAAAGAGAGAGAGAGAGAGAGAGAGAGAGAGAGCGAGCGAGGAAACAGAAAAUAUGGAAUAUUUUGCGCGAAUCCAAAUACUGCCAAUUCUCUAGCGUCGAUACACAUACCUAUACGUAUACAAUAUACAUAUACAUAUUACAUAUACAUAUAGAUUGGCGACAAAUGCGAAAGGAAGUCUCGCGAGUCGUCGCGUGACAAACGGACAGCGCGUGUAAAAACGUUAAAAGGUGGUAAUUCGAAGGAGCACCGUUCUUUCGUUUUCGAUCGUCCUCGUCCCCGAAAACCCCCGUCACUCUAGGUCGAGCGUCUAUAAUUGAUCGGACGACAAUUUGUUUCGGUCGAUAUGCCAAAGUAGAAAGAAAGCGUAGCGCAGUCAACUUUUACGAUAGAACCUAGGCAUAGUCAUUGACUACGCGUACCACGAUCUACGUAUAGAAUAUAAACGAAAAUCGAGCGUACCACGAGUAUCCUCUCGACGAGAACGGUUGUUACCCGUCGGUCUGGGUUACACGGAUCAACUGUAUACGUGUACGCGUACGUACGUAUCGAGUCCGAGAAGAAAUUUUCUACUUGCAGUACGCGUUUAUAUACCUCUGACGGCACGCAGUCGAACAAAUUGGACAAAAGCGUUCGUUCGAAAUAGUUGCUCGUAACGGAAACAUGGUGCGCGCGUACGAAAUUCGAACCGACUUUCGUUCGAUACGCGCCACCGACCCACGGGACACGGAACAGGAAGGUGCAGAAAGGUUCCCCUUUCCGGAAAUGAAGCGGUACCAUUUUAUCGAUUAGUGCAAUGGUAAAUCCAAGUGCCAAAACCGUUCUUAGUACUUAUAAAUCGCCUUAACGCUAGAACGUACCGAACCAAAGUGGUUCUUCCUAUGUUGGCCUGAAUUUCUUUCGUACGCUGCGCGAUUGUACGCUCGCUCGCGGCGAGCUCUAUCGAUUACCGGAAAAUUCUAUCCAUCUCGCGUAAGUUUCUCGUUGAAAUUAGCCGUAUUUCUAUUUACCCUAUUCGUGGAUCGAGACGUCGAUACGGGUCGAUUUUCGCACGGUCCGGUAGUUCUAGUGUUGAACCGCGGACUAUCCGUCUAACGUUUCGAAUCAUAAUUAUUAUUAACUAAAUAUUAAACUAAAGUAAACACACACGUAGUCGUAAGACGGCAGGUUUUAAGAUACCCCAGGACACAGCUUGUCGUACCUGCUUUGUACAUUUCAUACGUUCUAUUGCCGAUUAAUCGAUUAGCAAUCUCGAUACACCUCCGCGCGUCUUCCACUUUUUACGAAAAUGGGAUGACACGAGCCUUUUACGCCCUCAUUUCUUAACGAAGACUAACUUGUAGAGUAUCAUUGUGUAAUCUUGAUCUAUUAUAAUUAUAACAACGAAAGCCUAUGAUAAUAAUCAAAAAAAUAAAAAAUUUUUUUAAAUGAAA